AUGGCGCCCACGCCACGGACGCCGGCGCCGGCGCCGGAGAGGGCGCCGCCGCCCGUGCCCACUCCUCCUCCGCCUCUCGUGACGCCCCCGACGCUGCCCGUGCCCAAUCCUCCUCCGCCUCUGGAGACGCCCCCGCCGCCGUCGCCCUCAUCAUCGCAGCCGGGCGACGAGUACCACACGCCGGCGCCGUCUCUGGCCGACGGGUCGCCGCGGGAGGAGACCAGCUUCCCCAGCGACGGGAACGGGAGGGAAGGAGGAGCGCCCCCCAAGAGCCCGCAGCUCUCGCCCAUGCGCCUCGCUGCACCGCGCCUCCUGCCGCCGCCCAGCCCCCGCACCCGCACCGGGCAAAGCGGGCACGAAGAAGAGGCCGCGGCGGCGGGAACGGGAACGGCGGCGGCGCCGGCACGCGAGCCGCUGCGCCUGGCGACGAAGGGCCUCGCCCGGUCGCCGUCGUCGCAGAGGUCGCUCGCCACCACCAACUCCUCCCCUUUGCCGUCGCCAUCGCCGACGCCGCCGUCGCCGCUGACUCCCGCCGCGCCCGUGGUCCACAGCAGCAGCGGCAACAACAACAACAGGAGCGGCCAGAGCACGCCCAAGCGCGCGGCAGAGACGAAGCUGCCGCUGUCGUCGCCGGCCGCCACGGCUGCGAUCGCGGUGCACUUCGACCCGGUCGAGGAGGCCGUCACGUCGCCGCUGCACCUCGGCGGCAAGGCGCAGCGGCUCGACCACUACCACCAGCAGCAGCAGCAGCACGCGGCGGCGGCGGAGAACGGGGGAUCCGUGCCCCCCGAUGUGGCGGCCGCGGUCGCGGUCGGCGAGCGGAGGGCGCUGUCGGUGACGCUGCGCCUCGCCACGGCGGUGCUCAGCCUCGCGGCCUUCUCGGUCAUCGCCAGCGCCCGCACGUCCGGAUGGGCCGGCGACUACUACGCCCACCACCUGCAGUACAGGUACGCCGUCGCGGUGAACGUGAUCGUCUGCGCCUACUCGAUCGCGCAAUCAUUCGGCGAAAUCCGCCGCCUGAUCUCAACAAGGUUUAUAUUCCGGAGCAUGUCAAGCUACUACUGCAGCCUGUUCCUGGACCAGGCUCUGGCAUAUCUCCUCAUGUCGGCGUCGUCGGCGGCCGCGUCGCGCAACGACCUGUGGGUGUCCAGGUUCGGCACGGACGCCUUCAACAGGAAGAUCACCAGCGCCCUGUGGCUGUCCUUCAUUGCGUUCCUGAUGCUCGCCCUAAACACGCUCAUCUCCACGGCUAAUCUCUUCAGCAUGCUCUGA